UCUAUUUUUCUAUUUUCCUCUCUUUCUCUUUUUCCUUUUUUCAGCCGAAGGCAAUGGAAAUUCAUGGCUCUACAAAUUACAAUACUUCCAAUUGGAGACGGCUACCUAUUCACAAACGAACUGUUCUUCACCGGCCGGCGUUUUCCUUUCAACUCCUUCUUCUAUUCUGAUAUUUUCCGAUGGACCGCGAGACACAACUGAAAAUCGAGGAAACCGUGAUUGAUGUAUUGAAGAAAUCGAACAUGGAAGAGACGACGGAGUUUAAAGUUCGAGGCCAGGUUGAAGAACGACUUGGAAUCGAUCUUUCAAAUAGAGAAUACAAGUUGCUGGUGAGGAACGUGGUCGAGAGCUUUUUACUUUCAAUGUCGGAGAAGGUCUGUAUGGGGAAAGAGGAUGAACCAGGGCCUAGUGUUCGUUACGAGAAUAAACCGAUGGAUCAAGAGAUAGCCCCCAAGGAGUUUAACGAUGAUGGCGACCUUGUGAUUUGCCGGCUUUCUAAUAACAGGAGUGUGACAAUUCAUAAAUUUAGAGGGGCAAAUAUGGUAUCAAUUAGGCAGUUUUUUGAAAAAGAUGGGAAGCAGCUUCCUACUCUUAAAGGAAUCAGCAUGUCAACUGAGCAAUGGUCAGCCUUUAAGAGUAAUAUUCCUGCUAUAGAGGACGCCAUUUUGCAGAUGAAAACAAAAAAAAGAUCUGAACAUGAUGCUGAUAAAAUUGGUGCUGUCUCAGAACUGACGAAUAGGGUAACUCCUCCAAAUUUUCCAAAUGAAACCAUUCGAUUUGAUGGAAAAAACUACAAUUUAUGGGCAAGUCAGAUGGAGUCUUUGCUGCAGCACUUAAAGAUUGCUUAUGUACUUUCUGAACAAUGUCCUACUCCCGUACUUGGGCCAGAAUCAAGCUCUGGAAAUCCUGCUCAAACCAAGGCUGCUGAACAGAAAUGGAUGAGUGAUGACCGCAUGUGUUGCCGCAACAUUCUGAACUCCCUCUCCGAUAGGCUUUUUAAUGAAUACGCAACAAAAACGAUGAGUGCCAGUGAACUUUGGAAUGAGUUAAAAUUGCUAUAUUUUUUGGAGGAGUUUGGCACCAAGAGAUCUCAAGUCAAAAAGUAUCUAGAAUUCAGGAUGGUUGAGGAGAAGUCAAUAUUAGAACAAGUGGAAAAACUUAAUAACAUUGCUGAUUCCAUUGUUUCUGCUGGAACGCUUAUUGAUGAGGAUUUUCAUGUUAGUGCUAUUAUUUCAAAGCUCCCACUUUCUUGGCAUAGUGUGUGGGUAAACUUAAUGCAUGAGCAGUAUCUUUCCCUCGCGAAGUUGAUAGAUCGAUUAAGAAUCGAAGAACAAUUACGUACACAAAAAAACUCACAUCUCUCAGGAGUGUCGUCGGCUCCUAGUCUGUGUGGCCAACAUCAUAUUGCAAAUCACCUGUCGAAGAUGGAAGAUCCGAAGCUCUCAAGCCUACCACUGAGGAAAAGGGAAUGGCAAAACGAUGUCAAAACCUUACUCUGCUUGAAUUGCGGCAAGGAAGGGCACACAUCUCCGAAUUGUCCAAGUAGGAAAACAUAGCAGAUUCUUACUGAGGUAAAUAUGUCUGACUUCCAAAGAUGAAAAUAGUGGAUUCACGUUUCUUUCAAAGCAUGGAAUACAAUAGUUGAUUUGAAAUUUUGAACAAUUUUCAAGGACUCAGAAACUAUCUAAGAGCAAAGUCAAGUUAGGCUCUAUGGCCAUGUAUGUUCAUAGCUGAUAUUCUUGCUAUGAUUUUAACAUAGCUGAAUUUCUCUCAUUCCCCUUAGCUUAAGUGAAUUGCUACGUUUUUUUACACCUUCUGUAGGAAUGUAAUUGACUCAGGUUGAUAUCUUCCUGCUAUUUUGUAUUAUGAAGAUAUAAUAAGCUCCUAAUUACAUUAACGAGGAACUUGUUAAUUUUUGGACCA